GGUAGUAAUUCAAAUUUAAUUUAAUUCUAUUGUAGUCUUACGGUCACAGUGCCAAUAAACAGUAAUGGCGAACAGAGUAACAAGAAAUUCCUACAAAAUAUUAACAAGGCAGCUUUCAACAGCCUUUCCAAAAUGUGACUUUAAGCCAAACACCUAUUCAGGUCCAUCUUUCCAAAAGACGAACAAAAUAAAAGCUGACCACAUAGCACCAGCUAUAUGUAAUAUCUACAAGCGACCAUUGGUACUUCAUCAGGGACACAUGCAAUGGCUUUUCGACCACGAUGGAAGACGAUACCUCGACCUCUUUGGAGGAAUCGUAACAGUAUCGGUAGGCCAUUGCCACCCUAAAGUAUCAGCUGCGCUGCACGAACAGAUAGACAGUCUCUGGCACGUAACAAACAUUUAUAGACACCCGAAAAUCUAUGAAUACGUUGAAAAACUUAUUGCUAAGUUUCCUGGGGAUUUAAAGGUAGUAUAUCUAGUAAACAGCGGUACAGAAGCAAACGAUCUCGCAUUACUCCUUGCCAAGGCUUACACGGGCAGCAAUGACGUCAUAUCGUUACAAAGUUGUUACCAUGGAUAUUCCAGUACUGUAAUGGGUUUAACAGCCACGCAGUCUUACCGAAUGCCCAUUCCGGUACCCUCUGGUAUGCAUCAUGCAAUGCUACCAGAUCCCUAUAGAGGCAUUUGGGGUGGUUGCCGAGACUCCAUUUCUCAGGUGAAAAAUUCGUGCGCCUGCGCAGGUGACUGCGUGACUUCUGAUAAAUACGUUCAUCAACUCUCAGAGCUUUUAGAAAAUUCAGUGCCUGCUGGCAGAGUUGCAGCAUUUUUCGCGGAAUCUAUCCAGGGAGUAAAUGGCGCAGUUCAGUUUCCAAAGGGAUAUAUUAAGAAAGCAGUUGAAUUGAUAAGGAAACAUGGAGGUCUUUUUGUUGCUGAUGAGGUGCAAACCGGCUUUGGUCGCACAGGCGACGCAUUUUGGGGAUUCCAGAACCAUGGUGUCCAACCAGAUAUAGUCACCUUGGCUAAGGGAAUCGGUAAUGGAUUUCCACUCGGUGCAGUUGUCACAACAAAGGCAAUAGCCGAAGCUCAUACCAAAAGUUCUUAUUUUAAUACUUUUGGAGGUAAUCCAAUGGCCGCUGCUGUUGGGAAAGCUGUUUUGGAGGUUAUUGAAGAGGAAGGACUUCAACAAAACUGCAAAGAAACUGGGCGAUAUUUUCUAGAACAAUUAAUGGAGUUACAAAACUCCCAUCCUGUGAUCGGUGAUGUUCGCGGUAAAGGUUUAAUGAUAGGACUAGAGUUAGUAGAACCGGGCACGAAGCAGCCAUUAAAUUCGGGUGACGCGAGUGAAAUCCUGGAAUCGAUCAAAGAUUUGGGUAUCCUAAUUGGAACUGGCGGACGAUGGCGUAAUGUACUGAGAAUAAAACCGCCCAUGUGCAUCAACAAAAAAGAUUUCACUUCCAAAGUAAUUAAAUGUGAAGAAACUAAGGAGCCAAUAGUUGAAUAUGGAAAGGUGUCCAAAUUUGAAGGUUUCCAAAUAACCUUAGAGAAUACAAUACUCUUCCCAGCAGGCGGAGGCCAGCCUUUUGAUUUAGGCUGGUUAAAUGAUGUAGAAGUAUUGCAAGUGCUUCGGAAAGGAGAUCAAGCUAUUCAUUUUACUCAGCAACCAAUUGAAAUUGGUACGGAUGUAGUACAGAAAAUUGAUUGGUCGAGACGGUUUGACCAUAUGCAGCAACACUCAGGUCAACAUUUAUUAUCUGCAAUAUUGGAAAGAGAUCACAGUUUACCCACGACCAGCUGGUGGUUGGGUGGCGAUGAAUGUUUCGUUGAGCUUGAUUCAACAUCCGUCAGUGAUGAAACGGUACAGGUUGCUGAAGAACAGUGCAACAAACACAUACGUUCGGCCACACCUGUCACAGUCAAAUUUUUAAAAGCAAAUGAUCCUGAUUUAAAUGAAGCACACACAAGAGGGCUGCCUAAGGACUGCAUGGAUACAAUACGCGUUAUAUGCAUCGGUGAUAUUGACGAGAAUUUGUGCUGUGGAACACAUGUUACUAAUUUAAGUCAGUUGCAAAUGAUAAAACUAUUAGGCGUCGAACCGGGGAAGAAAGGCAAGACAAAUCUCAGGUUCCUUGUAGGUAAUCGUGUUACGAAAUCUUUCCAAAGGAUGUUGGACAGGGAGAAGGCUCUAAUAGGAUUAUUGAAAAAUGAACCAGUGAAACAUGAGGAAUUAGUGUCUAAACUACAGAGAAACUUGAAAAUAACAAAUAAGAAUUUACAAAAUGUCCUGUCAGAGUUAGCUCAAUAUGAAAUUGACAAAAUAAGAAAUACUCAACCAACACCAAAAUAUUUAUUUAUGUUUAAAAAGGAGGCUAACUCUGACUUCAACCGAGCUAUUUGUAAAGGUUUGGAAAAUGAAGACAUAUUUGUUUUUGUCGCGUCCGAAGACCAGGAUAAGCCAAAAGAAGGUCAAAUUAUUAUACAGGGUGCUGAAAGUGACUUUAAAGCCUUAGGACAACAAAUAACUGAUUUACUUAAAUGUAAAGGAGCCUUUAAGAAUGGUAAAUUUCAAGGGAAAGCCGGAGACUUGGGAGGUAUUAAUAAAUGUAAGAUGUUGAUAGAAGAUUACUUUAAUAAUGUUGUGUGAUAUAAAUAAUUAUACUAAAAAUAAUAAA